GCGGACGCGCGGGGAGGGAUCGAGGCGCGCGGGGCUGCGAAGGAGCGGGAGCCCCCGGCUGUCCCUGGGAGAGCGCCGCGCGAACCCCGUCCCCCGGGGGCCGCCUCCGGCGGGCGGAGACGGGCGGAGGAGGCAGCUCCCGGGCUGGGGCUGGGGGCCUGCUUCGGGCCCGCCGGGGAGCUAGGGGCCGGGAGAGACGGAGUGCCGCUCUGGGCGGGCGCAGAGACCGAGCAAAGGUCGCAGCGAAGGGGGCAUCACUCUCGGGGUGUCCCAGGGGAAAAGGCGCCGAGGGCCGCGGGGACCGCUCCCUGCACGCGCCCAGGCCGGGCCCGCCGUCCUUUGGAGCGCUCGGACCUGCCUCCAGCACAGCUUGCUAACAGGGAGCCCAGAGUCUCCUCAAUGCACCGCUGUUGUAAAACAACAAACUCGAAAAGUCUGUCUCUUCUAGAUAAACAAGGGGAAAGAAGAAAGAAAACACUGGUUUUUUAUUAUACCGUGCCCCAGUGAUGUCAGGGUAAAGAAUAGCUGUGCUGAGUGUUUUACCUAAAACUUAAGACUGGCUUGACAGCAAAGCCAGCAUCCAUCUCCACCAGCGCCCUGGGACAGCAGGGUUGAGGCCCUGUGAGGGAAGAGUGCCUCAUGCAGGCAGGGCGUUUGUGGGAAAUCUCUGUCCCUUCUGCUGAAUGUUGUCCUGAACCAAAAGCUGCUCUUAGAAAAUAGUUGAGUGGGGGUGGGGGUGGGGGGGAGCCUCCCGUGCAGGGGGCUUCGUGGGUGUGCGACCCGCGUAGCCGGCGCAAAACCCAGCGUUUGGAAGGACCUGUGUUUGGUUUAUCCGCGACACUGUUGCCCUCUUGAAAUUUCUAAUUUUUGAAGGAGAGCCAUCCUGCUCAUAUGAUUUUGCACUCCUCCGCCUUGCACAUGAUUCUUUUAAAGUGUAAUUAGCAUAAUGAAUUAAAGUAAUGUAUUAUUAAAAGCAAUAAAGUAAUUUUGCAUCUAGGAAUGAACCUAUUACCUCACAUUUAGCUUUGUAAAGCUGGUGUUCAUAGCGAGCCAGAGACCUCAACAUUCUGGUCUCAGGCAUUUCACAAUUUAUUUGAAAAGAUUAAAUGUUUUCCAUAUUUUAUGCCCUUUAAAAGAGACCUUUUAAAAUUCCACACAGUCCAUACAAGGCCUUGAGAAAGAAGAAGAUAAUUCACCCUGUAGCUCUGAUGUAACCCCAAAUGACAUCCCCUAUAAUUAACAUGAAAAUCUGGUAAUUAUUUAUUGUGUUAUAUGGUGUCAAGUAAUAUUAUUUAAAGGACUUUGCAGCAAAACAGGAAGUACUUGUGUAUAGGACUCUCCUCCAUAGCAAGUUUCUGAAAGGUGUGUUUUAAUAUAGUCAAAUCUUAUUUAAUAUAUACGAAGAGAGCUUGUUAUUUAAAGGAAUUCUCUGGGAAGGAGUUCUUUUCUAAAGCAAAUAUCACCUUAGGGUUUAUCCAUUCUGUUACUCUAGGUUUCCAUGGGCUCGUUUUACUCAAAGCAAUCUAAUUACACUGACCUUUGUCUGGAAUGUGGGGUUGAUGAGGUCCUCGAUCAAUACUCAUCAAGUCCGGUUUGCUUUGGCUGGUCUCUGGACAAGGACCCGCCACAUUGCUGCUGGUGCUGCUGCUGGUCAAUGCAGACACACGCCUUCCCUCUUAAGGAGAAAUAGUGAGAAAGUUCCAGUGAAUCAAUGAAAGGCCGCCAUCCUUGUUUGAGUAUUCUAAAAGUGUAUUUUUUAAAUGAGUGAUUGAAUAGUGUCAUCUUUGAUUAGGGCAAAGAGCACUUUUUAGAUUUGAGAGCCCUCUGAAUUUCAAUCACACAGUGGCAAAGUUAAUGGGACAUUUGAUAAUUUUUUUCUGUCGAAGACUCAAAAUCAGAGAACUGAUUUCAAAGGGAGUUUUUGGCCUCUCUUUUGCUUCCUCUUUUUAACUUAGUAGUUGUUUGAAAAGAUAACUCCAGAAAAACAAGUGAUGAUAAUGAAUGGGGAGUUUUCUAAAUUACACAGAACCCAAGAAGAGAUCACAAAGUCAUUCACAUUGGAUUCAGAGUGUUAUCUUUCAGAGGGUACAGCUUUAUCUUCAAUUUAUAGAGUUUUUGAUCAAAGGACAUUGCAAGAUUUACAGACUCUACGCUCAAAAGUGUAAGGAAAAAAUACAUACAUAUAGAAAAAAUGCUGGAAGAAAAUGUGCUCAACUAUUAACAGUGUUUAGAUACAGCUUCACAGUAUGAUUAAUUUCCUUUUAUACUUUUCUAUAUUUAACACAAUGUGCAUAUAGCAGCUUAUAAAAAGAAAAAGUUUUAAAAAAUAUUUACAAAAUGUCAUCAGAAUUUCAAGUGGGCAUUAAUAUCAAAGCAUGGAAAAAGUUACUCUUCACAGAAAUAAUUUCAAAAAUGACCAGCCGUAUACCAUUGUGUUGAUGUUUAAAAUUAUUAACUCUAAUUUUUGAGGAAGAUAAUUUAAAAAGAGAAACUAAAAGCUACAUGUAUGUCUUACUUUUUUUCUGGAAUUGAUCUCAAAUGACUAUGUACAAGUUACCCCUAUAUCUGUUGCAUAGGACAGAAUAAAAGGUCAUGUUUAAAAUCAUCCAGUUCUAUAACUCUGUAACUCAGAUUUACUUAAUUUGAGGUGCCCAUUGGCAGCAGAUUGAAUUGUAGCCAUGGACAGGAUCUGGAGGAAGGUGUCAUAAAGAUUUGUGUAAGACUAUAGAGUUAUCUACACACAUAAUUAUCCUCUAUCAUGUAUUUGUAACCAGUUUAUUUAACAGAUAGUUCUAGUGGAAAAGAUUUAGUCCUGGAUAUUGGUGUCUAGUUUUGAAAUGAAUAGGAACCCCCCAAAAAAUAGACUAGAUAUAAGUUCAACCCUUAUCGUUCUACAUCCGAGCCUCGUACAAUUUUACUCCACGGCCCAUUGGGGAUGCGGUGUGGGGAAGCCUCUGAUUUCUAGGCUAUUUAAUUUUGUUCAUAUGAAUAUUGUUCUAUUUGAUGAAGUCAUGAUUUCUGCCCAGAUCCAAGCUUCUGGAGAGCAGGAAGAAAAGUUGUCUCCUUCCCCCGAAGCUGCACAUUUUACUUUUGCAGUGUCUGUGUCAUUCCAGCCCAAAGCCUCGUUACAAUUUACCCAGGCCAAUGAUCAAAGCCAGUUUUUGUACUCUCAACACAUCCCAACGAUAGGAGGUAGGAGGGACCACACAGAUGCUUCCAAAAUGUUGAACCACAAAAAGGAAUGGGGAGAAUUUCUAACAUGCUGAUAUCGAGUGAUCUGCAGAACAUUUUGCUCCUGAUGUUGCAAAUGACACGGAAAAGAGGAAGACAUUGAUACAGCUGCAUUAUUCACAAUAGCCAAGACAUGGAAACAACCUAAGUGUCCCUCAAAGGAUGGAUGGAUAAAGAAAAUGUGGCCAUGCAAGUCCAUUGUGCACCAUGGGUGCUCUGUUCAUGAGUCCAUUGGACAGGAAGAGGCUGACCGGGGAAACAGGAUGGCUAGCAUUCACCGAGCAGUUCCUCCUGCAGUGACUGAGAGUUCCUGUUGCUCUGUGUCUUUGCCAAUACUCAGUGUUCUUCAAGGGGAAAGAAAAUGAUAGAAGUGAGAAGCUUGUACAUAAGGAAAAGACAAAGGUUAAGGAAGGAAUCCAGGAAGGUGCACAACAUUGUGAUUUGACAAUUCUAUACGUUACUCGAUGCUCACCACAGUGCCUAGUGCUCAUGCUUUCUCCGGGAGCGGCCACAAGAUGGCAGUGUUUCAGAACAUUGUUUUGCUUGGAAGGAGGAUGUGCGCGUGGCUGAAGGACUGAAGAAGGGGCAUCAAUGGCAGAAGGGUGGCAGGACUGAUGCCGUGUUCAUCCAAAAGGUUUGAAACAAAGACUUGGAAGGUGUAUUGGGGAAAUGACGAUAUGAGUUGUCCUUUGCUUAGAGCUCAACCAGUUUAUAUAGCAGUAAUCCCAUGGACUCCACAGUGUUUUCUUGUCUGCCCCAAACACUUUCUAUCAUUUUCUUCUAGAUUUUUAUGUUGUCAUGUAUUAAUGCAAGGACUUCACCUAGCAUUUCUCUCUGUUAACCUGUGACCCAUUACAUUUACUUCUUAAGCAACGUAGAGUACCUUCAGCUCUCUAUUUGUGGCAUGGAUUCUAAACACAACUACCAGGGAGUAUGCUGCCUUCCUCUGGGUAUCCAUAGAAUUAUGGAUGUGUGAGUGUUUCCAUGACAUUUCCAUUAACCUUCAAAAUCAAAGAAGAAAACAUUUCUCACUUACAAUGUUUAUAUAGGAUAUGAUCUUUAAAAGGCUCAAUCUUUAGUAUCAGGCUUUCAUAGUCCAUGAGGAGCUAAUGAUUGAAAUGUAUGAUUCUUAUGUGCCUGUGACAAAGCAAACCAAGGUCAUUUUUGUCCAAGGUCCAGUGCAGACUCAGUAAAUUCCAGAGGAUCCUAAUAGAAAUAAAACUCGAUGGCUCUGCAGUUACCUUUGGAUGAGCUUCAAACUGAGGCUAUAGAUCAUUGUAAAUGUCUAGGAGAGUUCAGUGUUGGUGAAGCCAAACCCAAAGCUUAUGAAGAGGUGAGGAAGCUGCCAUGGGACCCUUUCUGCGAGUGUGGUCUCCUUGCUCCAUAAAUCUGCUUGUAGGCUUGUCUCUGGUGUGGGCUCUUUGGCAGGGGCCCUUCUCAAAUUUGCAGGGUAAGCUCAAUGUCUGGAGAAGCAUCACUUGGAUUCUUUUCCUCUGACAACCCCCUGAUAAAUUCUCCCCCCAAAUGGACAGACAUCUGAACAACUAUGCUUAAUGGAUUAUCUUGUUAGAACAACAUAACUUUUGAAUUAUCCAAGGCUGAAUGAAGUGCAAACGUUUGUCUUUCACAAGAUGAACCCACAAACUGAAUUAAGCCCCAGCUCGUUUAUCACGUCAACUGACAAAACUGACUUCCCACUCUGUAAGGCUACAGAGAUGUGCAUAGACAAGCUCAUGCCUGGACUGGUAUCCAUGAACCACUGUAGUCUGCCUUAGAGAUUAGGGUAUCUUUUUCUAUUUCAAAAUUAUAGAUUACCUUUGGUUUCUGGUUUUCUUUCUUUCUUUUUUAAGAUUUUAUGUAUUUAUUUGAGAGAGAGAAUGAAAGAGAGCACAUGAGAGGGGGAAGGGUCAGAGGGAGAAGCAGACUCCCUGCUGAGCAGGGAGCCCGAUGCGGGACUCGAUCCCGGGACUCCAGGAUCAUGACCUGAGCCGAACGCAGUCGCUUAACCAACUGAGCCACCCAGGCGCCCGGUUUCUGGUUUUCUAAAAUCUCUGUGGAUUAAUUGUGGACUGUGGAUGAAUUAUCAUGGAGUCUAUUAUUUUGCUUAUAAAUACUCAAAGUCAGUCCUCUGCUUCCAGCAUCAAGAUACACUAUUGUUAUCAAGACUUGGUUCCCAAGAUUUGCAUUGAUUAUAGGUUAGUUGUUCCCCAAGUUGGAACUCACGUUAUCCUUCUGUAAAGUGAUGAUUGGAACUCAAGUUUUCUAACAGAUCUUAUCUUUUCCAAUUGCUUUGUAAAACUUUAAGGUCAGGAAAGGACCAGAAUAAUUUAGAAAUGCUUUAAGGCAGCUAUUUCUUGAGCAGUUGCUUGAAGUUACCUCCAUUUCUAACAUCUGUUCCUUUUGAUAUGUUAGCAAAUUGCAAUGUUGUGGAUCAUUAGGGUAGAAACUGUCCAGGGCAUCCCAUUUUGCCUUUAAAGUGGCUCCAGAGUCUGCAAGAUUUCAGGAUUCCAACAUUUAACAAUUGCUGGUGAUAACUAUGCUUUCAGAAAGAAAGAUUUCAAGAUAAUAGCUUAGGUGAGAAAACAUCCUUUAUUAUGAUUCAAAGAAUGUAAAAUACAAGAUAGUGCAAAUAUUAGAUGAAUCAGAGUUGUCUCCUUUGGAGUGUAUAUUCAACACGAAUUCUCUCAACAGAGAUUAGUUCCAUGUUGGAGAUUGGAUGAUAACUACCUGACUACUUCUUUUAAUCCAUAGGUUCCCGUGCUGUCAGAUAUGUUACCAUCUUCUUCUCUUUUUAGGAUGUGAGCUAUUUCAGAUUUUAGCUCAUGGAACAGCUCCACAGGACAUCUUCUGUUUCCUUCUUUUACUCCUCAAAGCUAAAGAAGCAAAUCCUUGGCACAUUCGCCGAUCAGAAACGUCACAGAGUGUGAUUUGGGAAAAUUUUUGGUGACCUGCCCCUGUACACCUAUGUCUCCCUUCACAACUCUGAGAAUACAAGAGGGAAUGGGACGAUGUGUGUAAUACAGUGACAGAGGGCCAGAGAAACAUCAUGGUUGAGACAAUUUUUCCAAAUGGGGUUACUGAGACUAUUUCUGGAUGACAGUUCAUUUGAUCCAGACCUUGAAGGGGAUGCAGUAUUUUAAAAGGCACUUUGGGCAAAGGGGACUGUUAGUCAGGAGAGGUGGUGAGAGCCUCAAUGAGGAGAUGGGAAAAAUGGGUGGCAGCUUUUGAUUGAUGUGGGGUAGCCGGAUGCACAUGGAUUAAAGUGUGCAUGUGUCUGGAGCCUAGAAUAGAAGACAAACCUGGAAAGCUCGGGGGUAGAGCAAGGGUGGCCCAGAAUGCUACUGAGGGGUUUGGUUUCCAAUCUGUAGGCAAUAAGAGCCACGUCAACAUUGGAAAAGUGAGUGCCAGAAGGCUACUUGAAGAGUCAGUAAUAAGGCGCCUGCUGUGUGCGGACACUGCCCUACUACUCCUCAGGUAAGAUCUCACCUGGGCAGAGUCAAGGAAGGACGCUACUUUCUAACCACGUGACAUCUGAGUUGAUGGAUCACUGUUCUGGAAGCUGCAUCACCUUGUUUGAUAAAGUUUCUAAGUCUGUUCCCAUGAUGACUGUGACAUGUCUAGAGAGACACACUUGUCAUUCUUUUUUUUUUUUUUUAAAGAUUUUAUUUAUUUAUUCAUGAGAGAGAGAGAGAGGCAGAAUGAGAAGCAGGCUCCCAAGGAGCAGGGGGCCCGAUGCGGGACUCGAUCCCAGGACUCUGAGAUCAUGACCUGAGCCGAAGGCAGACGCUUAACCAUCUGAGCCACCCAGGCGCCCCACUUGUCAUUCUUUUUAAGCCAAAAGACCGACCUUAUAUUUAUCCCAGACAUUUGAUGUUUCUAGAAAAGACCUAAAGACCAGAGUAGAAUGAAAAUGGCAUCUCAUUCAGUUUGGGAACUUUCUACAUCAACUUUGGACUAUCAAUUUGCAAUAUGUGGUUUAUUAAUCACUAAGAGCAAUCCAUCUUGUUUCCCUGCCAAGUCUGGCUUUCAUGGGACACUUGGCUAGAAAAGGCCUCUCUCAAGCUAGAAAUGAUUAUUACAGAGCUUCUUGCUGAGAAUGUUGAAGCAUGAUGUGUGGUGUCUCAAUUUAUCAAAUUUGCCUUAUUAAGGGAAUUGAUAUUAUCAUAACAACAUUGAUGAUGGCAUAUCCUGGAUUUAUAAAGGACUUUCUACUACUAACUCAUUGGGAACCACCAGAGGAAGACAGGAAAGCCAAUAAUUUAAAUAAAUUUGACACAAGGAAUUUCUAUACUUAUCUCGAGUCAACCAUGUAAAAAAAAUAGAAGAUGCCAUGAUAUUAAUAUAGUUAUUGCACAAUGAGCUAAAAAGGAGCCGUAGCUCACCAGGCAUGUAAAAGCAAUAGUCUAAGAAGAAUGGUUUUAAGAAUGUCUGGCUGGGAACCCUGUCAUGGAAAACUGAGAAGAAACCAUAGGUUUGGGGUUUGUGGCAUAUGGCACUAGAGUGGCCUCCUUGGGGUUGAUUCUAGUAUGAAGAGAAUUAAUUUUUAUUUAGUGUCCAUUGACAGCCAUGCUUAUUUCAAUAGUGUGAAACCUAACCAUGCCCUAAGAGUUGGUAUCUUCACCUCAGAGAGACAGAGCAAUUGUCUGUAAUCCCACAAAACUGGCAAAUGAUGGAGCGAAGGGUCUUAUGAAAAGACUUCUUGGGGGUUGCUACAGCCGGAGCUGGGCGGUGGCGGUGGCGGGUGCUGGGGGAGGCAUCUCGUGGAACCAGGGGCGGUGGCGCAAUGGAGGGACUGGGAGAAAAUGGAAGUGUCCAAGUGGGAGAAUUGUUACCUUGCAAGAUUUGUGGAAGAACGUUCUUUCCAGUGGCAUUAAAAAAACAUGGACCCAUUUGCCAGAAAACUGCCAGUAAAAAACGGAAGACUUUUGAUUCAAGCAGACAGAGAGCUGAAGGAACUGAUAUUCCAACAGUAAAGCCUCUUAAACCUAGGCCUGAACCACCAAAGAAACCAUCUAAUUGGAGAAGAAAACAUGAAGAAUUCAUUGCCACCAUAAGAGCAGCUAAAGGCCUUGAUCAGGCACUUAAAGAGGGUGGAAAACUUCCUCCUCCUCCUCCACCUUCUUAUGAUCCUGAUUAUAUUCAGUGUCCAUAUUGCCAGAGGAGAUUUAAUGAAAAUGCAGCUGGUAGACAUAUUAAUUUCUGUAAAGAACAGGCAGCACGUAUUGGUAAUAAAGGCAAAUUUUCUACUGAUACCAAAGGAAAGGUGACUUCUCGGACACAGUAUAAGCCGCCUGCACUUAAAAAGUCAAAUUCUUCUGGAACUGCACCAUCAGGAUCUUCACGAUUACCACAACCAAGUGGCACUAGCAAAACUGUUGUAGGUGUGCCUUCAGGUAAAGUGUCUUCAGUUAGGAAGUUGGGAAACAAACUUCAGACCUUAUCUCCCUCCCAUAAAGGGAUAGCAGCCCCUCAUGUAGGAACUAACAUCAAACCUCGAAAUUCCACACCACCUAGUUUGGCACGAAAUCCUUCCUCAGGUGUUCUUACAAACAAAAGAAAAACAUAUACUGAGAGCUACAUAGCCAGGCCAGAUGGAGACUAUAUAUCUUCACUUAAUGGCGGAAACGUUAAAGGCAUGGAAGGAAAUUCAACAGGACACUUACCAAAAUUCUGCCGUGAGUGUGGGACUAAAUACCCUGUAGAAUGGGCAAAGUUUUGUUGUGAAUGUGGCAUUCGAAGAAUGGUUCUGUGAAUAGACCCCAAAAGAAAAAGCUAAGUCCAGAAUCUUAUGACUGUUGCACCUUGGACAGCUAGACAUUUCCUUUAGUGAUUUUAUGCUAAAAUUAUUCGAAAUACUUUUUUCAGCAAUUUUUGGAGCAUAAUUCUUUGGCUGUGUAAUGUGUGUGUGUAUAUAAAUGUGUACAUAUACUGUAUAUAAUAAAUACCUGAUACCCCCCCUCCCCCCAAAAACGACUUCUUGAAAGAUCUUGCAUCCUUACAAACUGUAAAGGAUCUAUUUAGGAACCUCUUUAAGGGAUCUUGUAUCCUGACAAAUUAUUUAAGGAUUCUUAAUAAUAUUAAGCAUAAUUACAGCUAAAUUUUGAGCCCUUGCUUUAAGGUAGGCCCUGCACUAAGGGCUUGGUAAGCAUUAAAAGGCUGAAGGUGAAUUGUUAAUUACUACAGUGGCUAAGAUAGGUGUUUUUAUUGUUUGCAUUUUACAGAUGAAGAACUUACGUAGCAGAGAGACUAGACAGCCUGCCCCAGGACAUGUAGGCAGUAAAGUGGGAAUCAGACACAAAAGUGGUGGAUAACAUCAGCCGUGAGGCUAUCUUUCCUCCUAAUCUUGAUCCCUUUGGUUAUUCAUCCAUGAAAGUCAAAUUUUUAAAAAAUUGAUAAUUAAAGAACUGAAGAGUAAGAAAUUCCACCGGCUAAGCAAAAUUUUCCCACAAUGGACUUCUUUUCCUCACUGUGUCAAUUGUAAAAGAAAUGAGUCUGAUUUUUUUCGGAGGGGGCUGCUCCUCUUCAUGAAAGGGUAGAGGAGUGAACUCUAGAACAUUAUUUAUUUUCGUAGUAGCUUCAAUAGUAUCAAUCCUCAGCAAGGUGGUUGACGUAGGACUGGAGGUGACAUUGACCAGCUCGUAGGAAACAUAACGUUCUCACUUCUUUCCUAUCCUCUCCUUUGCACUGACUUAUCCUUUAAGCUGUGUACUGGGCAAGGCUCAUUCAAUGAUGAGACAGAAUCAAGAGCUGAUGGGAUUCAGUAGAGAGACAAGCUGUUCUCCUCAGCUGUCCUCUUAAAGGAACAACAGCCCUUUCACAGCAGAAGAAAGAGUUCUUUCUUCAGAGAGCUGUUACAGUGCGUAAGUGUUCUUGAGUUCAAGUGGGCUGUCUCAUUAGGGGUGUGUUUCUGUAUAUACACAUAGUGAUGUAGGAGUCCUUUCAAAAUGGAAAAGUAACUUGAACUUGCAAUGAACUGAAACAAUAAAGUAAACUGAUGUAAACAAUAUUAACCUAUUGACUUUUUUUUUAAGGAAGAACAGAAUGACGAUCUCUUCAAGUUCAUAUUUUUCACUGAAAAAUGCCUCAGGAUUAAUCACAGACAUAUCACCAAGGUCUUUACAAGCACAGUUUUCAACUUGGCUGGAUUAGAUUUGGUCUUUUUCUCAUUGUCUCUACCAUUUCAAAGAACACCAUAUAUUUUAGCUUUUGUGAAAACUCCCUUUAAUAAAAACAAGAGUAAUAAUUAACAGUCUCAGUAGAUCUGUUGCCAAGAGUCCCUGUGGCUCUUUCCUGCUUAUAUAUCCCCAGGAAUAGGCGUCACAUACAAACGUGUCCUUUCAACACAUUUUCUGUUUUCUCUCCUUCAAGUACCUUAUCAUUGGUUCAGGAUUAUUAAUGUCCAAUGGCAAGGUUUAAUUUUUUUCAUUAUUAUAAUAGAAGAUCAAUGGAUCAAAUAUGUCUGUUAAAGGUGAAACAUACUUUUGAAUAAGAGCCAUUUUUUAAAAAGAUUUAUUUUUUUUUUGAGAGAGAGAGAGAGAGAAAGUGAGAGUGUAGGGAGGGGCAGAGAGAGAGGGAAGGAGACAAUCUCAAGCAGACUCCCUGCUGAGCAAGGAGCCUGACGCGGGGCUCGAUCCCAGGACCUUGAGAUGAUGACCUGAGCUGAAACCAAGAGUUGGACACUUAACUGACUGAGCCACCCAGGUGCCCUGAGUAAGAGGCAUUUUAAUGGGAUACUUUACAUCAGAAGUUUUGUUAUCACUUUGGUCUUAAGAUGGCUGGAUCUGUGUGUGUGUGUGUGUGUGUGUGUAUGCACAUGCAUGUGCAGGCAUAAGUGUGCAUGAAUGUUGUGUUUCAGAAAGUACCUGACCACCCACAAUACAAUAUUUAUGGAGGCCCUCACUUUCCCGGUUGCACGGGCAUGAUUUGUACAUGACAGUGAGGGCCCCCUUAAAAUACCGGCCCCCUGUGUCUCUCUUACCAUACCCUAGUCCUGCCCUUGCUGUGGAUUCUCUGAAGAAAGGGGAGCAGGGUGGAAGAAAUGCUGGCUUAGUGGUCUGUCCCCUGGUGUAUAGUGAGGCCUGUGACACACCCCCGGGUGAGGUCUGUGAGACCCGGUAGAUGUGGCAGGGCACUCACCUCUCCCAAGAUACUGAAAAUGAAAGAAGCCAAAGCAGAGCUGCAAAAUUUGUGGUGAGUUUAAAAUGCUUGUCAUUUAACUCACCAGGGCUUCAAAUAUACCCCCAAAAUACAAUGUAUUAUAAUUGUUUUUCAAAAGUAAUUGUAUGAUUUAUAAAAAUAUGAAUUCAUCGCACACUCUAAAUGGUACAGUU